AUGCUCUUAAGUCUUUGGCUAAAGCACACUGGUGAACGCCCCUACAAAUGUAACGUGUGUCCACAACGAUGCAUCUCCAGCUCCAACCUGAGAGCACAUCAGCAAAGGCACUUGGGGCUCAAAGUUCAUGAGUGUACAAUCUGCAAUAAAAAGUUUGGGUAUAAAAUAAGCUUAAAAGAGCACAUGUCGACGCACGCUCCGUCGAGUUUUUCUUGUGAUCAGUGCAAUUCAACUUACUCAAGAUUAAGAGGAUUGAGGCGACAUCUGCUGACGAAACAUGGAACCAGAAAAGAGGGAAUAUGA